GAAAACGCAAGCUUUCCCCUUCACGAAAUCAAGGACCCGUCACCAAAGAUUCAAGAUUGAAGAAGCCCACGUAGCCGUCGGCAAGAAUGGAGUGGGACGCCAUGUACUAUUAAAAUACUUAAAUGAUAUUUUCCUUAAUAUUCAGACCACCUAAUUAGAUGGGCGUAUUUAAGACAACCAACCACAUGGUCCGAUUGAGCGCCAGCUCUUGCCCUUGCUCUGCCUAAUCACCUGUCCGAUUCUUGCAUUCUUUGACUUCUUUUCCUCUUAAAGUUUCAAACUUUUCCUCUCAGGCUCGCUUGCUUUCUUCUGAUACACGUAAUAGUAUAGUCAUGGAGCUGGUCAAGAAAGUUUCCCAUAGAGGAUCUACAGCUCCAGAUAGUAUUGCAAUAAGAUCUGAUCAAAAAAGCCAUACUUAUCAUCAGCUGGUUGAAUCUGCUAAGAACAUAUCUAACUUGUUAUCCAGUGCUGAUUUAAAAACUGUCAAUAGCCCUGGGAAAAACAACCAUUUUGCUGGAGCUAGGGUUGGAAUUGUUGCUAAACCUUCUCCCGAGUUUGUUGCUGGAGUGCUUGGAACAUGGUUCAGUGGAGGUGUUGCGGUUCCCCUUGCACUCAGCUACCCGGAAGCAGAGCUUCUGCAUGUGAUGAAUGAUGCGGAUAUUACCAUGAUUCUGAGUACUGAAGAUCAUCACGAACUAAUGAAAGCUGUUGCAGCCAAGACGUCUUCUCAAUUAUCUCUCCUUCCUCCUGUUUCAUCAACUGGAGUUGAUCGCACAAAUUCACAGGAAACUGAAGUUUCUCAGGCGAUUAGUGGAGAUGAUCCUGCGUUGAUCAUUUAUACAAGUGGCACGACAGGAAAGCCUAAAGGAGUUGUGCACACACACGAAGGUAUAUUAGCACAGGUCCAAAUGCUAUCAGAUGCUUGGGGAUACACAUCCGACGAUCAAUUCUUGCACUGCCUUCCACUACAUCAUGUGCACGGACUGUUUAACGCGCUGCUUGCUCCUCUGUAUGCUGGUUCAUUGGUUGAAUUCAUGCCGAAAUUCAGUGUAAGGGGAAUCUGGCAGAGAUGGCGAGAAUCUCACCCAGAUGACCAAACGAAAGCUGAAGAUGCUAUAACUGUGUUCACCGGAGUUCCAACUAUGUACACACGUUUAAUACAAGGGUAUGAAUCGAUGGAUCCCGAACUACAAACUGCUUCUGCUACAGCUGCAAGAAAGUUGCGUCUCAUGAUGUGUGGCUCGUCUGCUCUCCCUCUUCCAGUUAUGCAACAGUGGGAAUCUAUCACCGGGCACCGCCUUCUGGAACGGUACGGCAUGACAGAGUUUGUCAUGGCACUAUCGAAUCCCCUACAUGGCAAGCGGAAGGGGGCUACAGUCGGCAAGCCUCUUCCCGGUGUGCAGGCCAAGAUCCUUGCAGAAGAUGGUAGUACAGACGCUGAGGUUGGCGAGCUUUACAUUAAAAGUCCUUCAUUGUUCAAGGAAUAUUGGAAGCUGCCCGAGGUGACUAAGGAGUCGUUUAUUGAUGGUGGUUUCUUCAAAACUGGAGAUGCUGCCAGAAUCGAUGAAGAUGGAUACUAUGUCAUCUUGGGACGUACUAAUGCUGAUAUUAUGAAGGUUGGUGGCUACAAAUUAUCUGCUCGCAGUUCUUUUAGAGCAUCCAACUAUUUCAGAGUGUUGUGUGUUGGGGUUGCCCGACAAAGCCUAUGGGGAAGCUGUAACGGCUAUAGUUAUACCUGAUUCAGAGAUUAAAAGAAAACGAGACAAGGAGUUGAAGCCGGCUCUAUCUCUUGAAGAACUGUCCACAUGGGCAAAAGAGAAACUUGCACCGUAUAAGAUAAAGGGAUCGUCCGUCCACCGCCGCCGGCCAGCCACCUGCAGUUGAACGACGUCGCGCCGCUGCCGACACCGCCAUCGCCACCGCUCCGCCGCCGACCACUACCGUUUAUUGAGUUCGAAUUUGGAAAACUGUGCUGAAAUAGAAGUUGUAGAUUGUCUCGAUACGAGUUCGUGAGCACAAACGGAUCAUAAAUAGGAGUUCGGACGAGAAAGUUAUGGCCGAAACAAAAACGUCGCGCGCAGCAGUCAAAAUUCGGCGACCUAAACGGCGACCGCUGAAAAUGGGCGUUUUGAAGAACAAAAACGGCGACCAAAAUGGCGACCGCCAAAAUCUCUGUUUCAAAUUUGCACUACGAGCGUUAAAUUCGGCGAGCGCCGAAUUUCGCCGAUUUUCAGCCCAAAAACGGCGACCAACUCGGCGAUCGCCGAGUUUGGUCGCCGAAAUGGGCGGUUUUGCGAGAUUUUCCGUUUUUUAGAGUUUUUCUGGGUUCCAAAUAUUGUAUUUUACCCUGACACUAUAAAUAGGUCUUCUUUUGACCUAUUUUGGGUUCCUUUUUCAGUUCCCAACUUUUAUUUUUCAAUUUCAUAGCUUUAGAAUUUAUUGCUUUCCAGUUUUUACUGCUUGGAUUGGAUUUCCACAAGAUUGAAUAUUCAAGCCGCUACAAUUGUUCUUAUUCAAUUUUUAUAUAAUUCAGUUCUUUCAA